ACCAGCAGAGGCAGCAGCCGGAGCAGCCGCAGCCUGCGCCCUCUCCCGCCCGCCCCCCCUCCGCCCGCCCGCCCGCCCUCCGCCGCCCUCCACCCGCCCCGGGGUCUCUCUCCCCCUUCCUCCUCCUCACCCCCCCUCCUCCGCCCGCUAGCGGGGCCCCCCUCGCCUUCCCGCCCGCCCCUAUUGUUCCGCCCCCGGCCUCCCGCCCUUCCCCUUCCCGCCCGCUCCCCUUUUCCCCUCAGUCGACUCGCGCCUCCAGUUUUUGGCUUUCACUCUCACCAGUGACCAAAGACUUGACCACUCAAAGUCCAGCUCCCUGUAACUGCUAGACAUGGACACCGGUGUGAUUGAAGGUGGAUUAAAUGUCACUCUCACCAUCAGGCUACUUAUGCAUGGAAAGGAAGUUGGCAGUAUCAUCGGAAAGAAAGGAGAAUCUGUUAAGAAGAUGCGCGAGGAGAGUGGUGCACGUAUCAACAUCUCAGAAGGGAAUUGUCCUGAGAGAAUUAUCACUUUGGCUGGACCGACUAAUGCCAUCUUCAAAGCCUUUGCUAUGAUCAUUGACAAACUGGAAGAGGACAUAAGCAGCUCUAUGACCAAUAGUACAGCUGCCAGUAGACCCCCGGUUACCUUACGGCUGGUGGUUCCUGCUAGUCAGUGUGGCUCUCUUAUUGGAAAAGGUGGUUGCAAGAUCAAGGAAAUAAGAGAGAGUACAGGGGCUCAGGUCCAGGUGGCAGGGGAUAUGCUCCCCAACUCAACUGAGCGGGCAAUCACUAUUGCUGGCAUUCCGCAGUCCAUCAUUGAGUGUGUCAAACAGAUCUGCGUGGUCAUGUUGGAGUCCCCCCCGAAGGGCGUGACCAUCCCGUACCGGCCCAAGCCCUCCAGUUCUCCAGUCAUCUUUGCAGGUGGUCAGGACAGGUACAGCACAGGCAGCGACAGUGCGAGCUUUCCCCACACCACCCCGUCCAUGUGCCUCAACCCUGACCUGGAGGGACCACCUCUAGAGGCCUAUACCAUUCAAGGACAGUAUGCCAUUCCACAGCCAGAUUUGACCAAGCUGCACCAGUUGGCAAUGCAACAGUCUCAUUUUCCCAUGACCCAUGGCAACACCGGAUUCAGUGGCAUUGAAUCCAGCUCUCCAGAGGUGAAAGGCUAUUGGGCAGGUUUGGAUGCAUCUGCUCAAACUACUUCUCAUGAACUCACCAUUCCAAAUGAUUUGAUUGGCUGCAUAAUCGGGCGUCAAGGCGCCAAAAUCAAUGAGAUCCGUCAGAUGUCUGGGGCGCAGAUCAAAAUUGCAAACCCAGUGGAAGGAUCUACCGAUCGGCAGGUUACCAUCACUGGAUCUGCUGCCAGCAUUAGCCUGGCUCAGUAUCUAAUCAAUGUCAGGCUUUCCUCGGAGACAGGUGGCAUGGGGAGCAGCUAGAACAGAGCAGAUUCAUCCAUAAUCCCUUUCUGCUGUUCACCACCACCCAUGAUCCAUCUGUGUAGUUUCUGAACAGUCAGCGAUUCCAGGUUUUAAAAUAGUUUGUAAAUUUUCAGUUUCUACACUUUAUCAUCCACUCAUGAUUUUUUAAUUAAAGUGUUUUAAUUCCUUUCUCUGUUCAGCAGUUACGCUGAGAUAUCCAUAUUUAGUUUUAUAAGCUUCUCCCCCUUUUGUUUUUUUGGGUUUUUUUUUUUUUUUUGGCUCAUGAAUUUUUGUUUGUCAUGGAAAUGUAAGAGUGGAUUAUUAAUACAUUUCAGUUUAGUUCUGUAAUGUCAGGAAUUUUUCAAAAAAAAAAUUAAAAGAUGGACUGGAGCUUUUUCUUUGUGAAUAGAAACUGGAUGCCACAGUGACUUAUGUGGGUGUUGUUCCUGUUUGAUGUUAUUUUUAUACCUUUUAACCUUCAGAGAGCCCUGAUUUAGUUUCAAUAGAAUUAAUUAAUUAAUUCCUUUUUUACCACUCCAAUUUUUUUUUUUUUUUAAUUUGCCCUCGAUCGCCUCCCCCUCCAUGAUACUGGGUAGCCUCUGAAAACUUGUUUACGGAGAUUGACAAAUACACUUACCCUAGGAUUGUAGAGCAGCUGGUGCAUUUAUGGAGCUGGGCAGGAACUCGUGGAUAGUAAACUUGGGAAUGGCU